CUUUUUCCUCUCUCUGUCCCUGUCUGUCUCUCUUGUGUGUUUCAAUUCUUUCCCCCAGAGCCGUCUGUUCCGACAGAUAAACUGGCCUCGUCGUCUUAGCAUUCGACGAUCGCUGACAGUUUCUGGUCUUUUAUUCGUAAUUCAUUCGUCUUGUUCAUACGAUACGAUAAUCAUCGCCACGGUGUAUAGAUUGCUGUCUCGCAUACUACCUACCCGACCGUAUACCUUUCCCGCCCGUGCGGCCAGUCGCUCUCUUAAAACUUAUCUACAACCACAGUCGUUCCAUCGUUCGCCACCUAUAAUAUUACACAAUCCGCCCGUCCCCUACGGCAGCCACUUAGUUGUACAUUAUCCCGGCUUCCAACUACCGUUCGCAGUAUCCUUGUGUGUCCAGACUUUGUGUGACGCCGCGCCUCCAACACAAAACGUCCACCUUGCGGUCCUACAAGCAUCAUCAUAAUCUUUGUCCGAGCUCAAGACGGCACAGCAUCCCUGCUACCUAUCACACUCCGAGCCGAAGCAUCCGGUGGUUUUUUCGAAUAGUACGACAAGAUGGCGAUUGGUAAAGAGGGGAACGUGAAAUGGGUUGACGGUUUGAGAGGUCUUGCCUCAUCACUCGUCGUUCUAACUCACAUCGCACGCGCUUUCGAUGGCGAUCUCUUCCUCCCUGCCUCGUCUGCUGAGGCAGCUCCUCGGGUGCUCCAGUGGCCUUUUCUCCGAAUCCUUGUGCAAGGCCGUAUCGGCGUAACUAUCUUCUCUUUCGUCACUGGUUACGUAUGUGCUCUCAAGCCUAUCAAGCUCUACCGUCAAAACAACCAGGAUGUCGCUUUCAACGCUGUCGCCAAAUCGGCGCUCAGCCGUGUCCCUCGUCUGAUUAUCCCUUGCUCGCUCGCUACUGUUAUUAUCUGGAUUAUGGCACAAUUUGGAAUGUUCUUGGUGGGAAAGUCGAGUGAUUGCUGGUGGUGUGGUAAGACCGCUCCCGACCGCAUGGGCGACAUUUUCUCCUCCAUCAACCAUUUGAUCUUCAAUAUCAUCAAUACCUGGACGCAUGGUGCGAAUGCAUACGAUGGAAACCAGUGGACACUUCUGCCACUAUUGAGGGGAAGUAUGCAGGUUUACGUCUUUAUCGUUGCAACAGCCUAUCUGCAGCCACGAUACCGGAUGCUUGCCAGCUUGAUAGUCUACUUUUACUUCUACAUUGGCGGCGAUUCUGCCUUCGGCAUGCAAUUCUUCUGGGGUGUUUUCAUGUGUGAUCUGCAGAAUACUCCUUCGGCAAAUGAAUUCCUCGUUAAAAGACCAAGAGUCUCACGUGUUCUUGCUGUCAUUUUCUUGGUUCUCGGCCUCUACGUUGCAUCAUAUCCAGAAGGACACCCGGAAUGGUCUACUUGGUCCCAUUGGCAAUACUUGGUAUUGCGCCAAAUCGUUCCUAAGGGUGGUGAGAUCCCUCGAUAUGGCUCGGGUAUAGGCCUGCAAUUGAUUACCCUCGGUUUGCAUUUCAUGCCUGCCAUUCGAGAAUUUCUGUCGUCGAAGUAUCUACUGUGGCUUGGAAAACAGUCCUUCGCUGUCUACCUGCUCCAUGGUCCUCUGCUUCGCAGCGUUCUUUGCUGGAUGGUGUAUGGAAUUUAUGUUCCCCCUGAUAUCACGAACGAGAAUGGCGAGGUCCUGCACGGUAAACUCAUGUUCCCUGGCACGACAAGGCUGCUUAUCGCAUUACCAUUCUGGAUCCCUCUCAACUACGGUGUAGCUAUGCUUUGGACUGGCUACGUUGACCCGUGGUGUGCAAACCUUACGCAGAAGAUUGUCAGUUACAUCAAACUUCCGGCAGACGAAAAAGGGGUACUGUUGCCACAAUAGUGGAAAAUCACAAGGCGAUCUCACGUUGAAGCGACAGAUGGGUCUUUGACCCUAACUCAACCCUCUGUGAACCACGCUCAAUAACCCAACCUCUUCUCAUCCGCUCUGAUUCAAGUAGCUUUGUAUGCGCUGGGUCGCUGCUUGGGCGAUGAGAGGCU